UAAAAUCGGAGGCUCCAACGACAAGCAAACCGCGCCGCAAACACAUCGACCAACAUUAAUCGUAUCUGCCUACCAUUGACGAACAAAACCGACGCAUUGCCACCGACAGGAGGAUUGCCGCACCGAGUGUCUUUCGACUUCCAACUUCAACCAUUCUCAACAUAGACCCAGAAAGAGCGCCGCUCUCGUUCGCCCAGCAUGGGGUGGUCCAAAUCAACGCGCAUCAAGGUGAUGCUCGUCCUCGACACCGUCUUCUUCCUGCUCGAGUUAGGCGUCGGUUUUGCCGUGCAUUCCCUGGCACUGAUGGCAGAUGCCUUCCACAUGCUUAAUGAUAUCAUUUCCUUGCUUGUUGGCUUGUGGGCAGUAUCCGUGGCGAGCAAGGCCACCACGGACAAGUUUUCCUACGGGUGGCUCCGCGCCGAGAUUCUGGGUGCCUUCUUCAACGCCGUAUUCCUCAUCGCCCUAUGUGUAUCCAUCGUGCUCGAAGCGCUUACCCGAUUCAUCGACCCGCCAGAGAUUGGGAACGCGCAGCUCAUCCUGAUCGUCGGCUGCCUGGGGCUCGCAUCAAACCUGGCUGGAUUCGUUAUCCUAGGGGGGCAUGGGCACUCGCAUGGGCCGGGGGAACACGGACACGGCGAGGAGGAACAUAGCCAUGAACACGGGCACUCGCAUGCCCACGGCGCUGACCGCGCUGCCGAAGAGGGACGCGCUGGGACACUAGCCGACCAAGAUUUUGCCGACGAUGAGGGCGGACCCGACAUUUUCCCCGAGGCGGCCGUGGCGAGAUACGGGACGCAGGCGACCGAGGGGAACAGCCGUAAAGAACGGCGGGGACAGGGAGCCGCCCGACACGGCCGCCUCACAAGCAUCGGCGACAUGAGCAUCCAUCCCGCGAGUUUCAGGCAGGAGAUCAUUGCUGCCAGCCGCUCGCAGCCAGACGAGGAGUCGAGCGGCGACAGCAACAGCGAAGACGAGACGGCUGUCGUGGAGGGGACGGAUCUACGGGAAGACACUCCCCUGCUCAAGAACGGCGGUGUGUCGCAGUCUAGCCGCAGCCCGAAAUCACCCUCGAAGCGGGCGCGGCGGGGGUCGGAAAUUCAUCACUCACACAACCACAACAAGCCGAAGAAAUCGGGAAAGAAGCACGGCCACAGCCACGGCGACAUGGGCAUGAACGCCAUGGUGCUGCACGUCCUGGGCGACGCGCUCGGCAACGUCGGGGUCAUCAUCACGGCCCUCGUCAUCUGGCUGACGGAGUGGCCGGGCCGGUACUACGCGGACCCGGCGGUGUCCCUCUUCAUCACGCUCAUCAUCCUGCGGUCCUGCAUCCCGCUCACGAUCGCGGCGUCCAAGAUACUGCUGCAGGCCACGCCCGAGCACAUCGACCUCAACGACGUGCGCGAGGACAUCCAGGCGCUGCCGGGGGUCAUCAGCUGCCACCACGUGCACAUCUGGCAGCUGUCCGACACCAAGGUCGUCGCCUCGAUGCACAUCCAGGUCGCCUUCCCCAUCUCGGAGGCCGGCGGCGAGAAGUACAUGGAGCUGUCCAUGAUGGCCCGCAAGUGCCUGCACGCCCACGGCAUCCACAGCGCCACCAUCCAGCCCGAGUUCUGCCUCGACCGCGCCCACGCCCACGCCCAAGGGUUGGACGCUGCCAUGCGCAUGGACGGGGCCUCGGCCUCGGCGCCGGCCCUCCCUGUGCAAGGGUCGAGGUGCGGGAGUAUUGUGGAGGGCGCGUGUCUGCUAGACUGUGUGGAUGACUGUGUCGGUCGCGGCUGCUGCUCGACGAGCAAUUCCCGCCCUGAGAGCAGUCACUCUGUCGAGGGGCAUGACCACGACCACGAGCAUUAGUGGUCGAUGGCCUGGGGAUAUGGGAUUUUGUUUCCUAUGUAUUGUACAAACCUACAUCGUUGCAUGGCGAGCAUCGUGCUGUUUUCUGGUUAUGUUGGCUUCUGCUUGCCUUGGGUUAUGGCAGCUCAAGAU